CCAUUACAACAGGGCGCGAGCUAUCGGCAACACUGCAAAUGCGAUCUGUCAAGAAGAAUAAGCAUAGCACUGCUGAGCUACAUCUCGAGGCGACAAGUUAACGACAUUACCCAAGCCAGAGCUUCUUCGACAAUAAAGAGAAAGGGUGUCGCGGGCAGUAUAGGAUCGCCCCAUAGUUUGUUGCAGUAACAAAACAAACAAGCUAACGAAACUACGCAAGUGACUAGAGUGAAGUCGGGACGUUGUGGAGUAGCAAAGAAAUUUCGGUGUUUCUGGCAGGUCAGUCACAGAAAUAGCCGAUCGUUUAGUGCCGGCACUUGGCCCUUCCUACGUGCCUCUCUCUCCUGCAAACAGCAGAGAAACGUUACAAGGUUGGGUGCUGAUUUAGGACCACCUUCUUUACCAAAACGAAUCGCGGUUGACUAACGGGCGGGCGGGAGAAAGUUUGUCGAUGUGCCGAAAAGACAAAAGCCACCGGAUAAUAGCUUACACAUCGAGAUAUUCCUCUUAGACUAAGUGACAGGUUUGAUGGCCUUGUGCCUGCUUAAAGCUGCCAGUUACCUUUCAAGAAAUUAGAACCUAAGGUGCGCUGAACCACACCGAAGUCUAGAUCGAAGUUGUUCAUGCAACUAUUACUUAACUUCAUAUCUGAAGACAUUUCCCCAUUGCCAACUCAUCGACUUCCUGUUGACGCCGGCGUAGCUUAGAGAAGACAGCAAUGGUAUUCAUUUGGCUAUCGAUGUAGUUAAAUAUCUUCUUGCAUCGACUUAACAGCGAAAUUAAUACGUCAAUAUUUCAUGUGAACAAAGAGAAGCUAUACUAGUUAGCUAUCUCGUGAUCGAGUGAACCCUGGAGCAUUCGGUGUGUGUUGUUCUCUUGUGAUAGAGUCUUUUCGGGCCCUCCAAGGGUGUUAAAAGGCGAGCUGUUUCACUGAGCAUCGGUGAUUUCUUACAACUAAAAAACAAAGAAGUACCACGAUGUUGUUUGCCGCCAUAGUUUACGGUGUCGGAAUGAUCUUCACUGGCAUCCUGAUGUUCGGGGCCGUUUAUCACAUAAUUGCUAUCGAUGAUUUGAGAUCAAGUCAAACUAGUCCAAUUGAGCAAUGUCGGCACCUCAAUUCACUAAUUCUUCCUGAAUAUUUAAUCCACGGAAUUUUUUCCGUUCUAUUUUUAUUGGCUGGCGAAUUUCUCACAGUUCUCAUCAACCUUCCAUUGGACGCCUUUCAUAUUAUGAAAUACAUGAACAGGCCGGUCAUGUCAGGGCCUGGAAUCUAUGAUCCAACGACCAUUAUGAAUGCGAACGUUCGGGAUCAGGCUUACAAGGAGGGUUGGUGCAAAAUGGCCUUUUAUUUACUCUCAUUCUUCUACUAUCUGUAUGGACUUGUGAGUUCCCUCAUGUGAAGCAGAUGAUGGGAGGAUACUAUAAGGGCACAAUAAAGCAUUAAGGCGAUCUAGCCCUUUUAAAGCAGAAGUUACCUUUCGCCUCCGCUACGCCUGCCUUUUCAACCUUCUCGACAAAGGCAUAAUAAUUACACCGUGUACAUACAAAUAUAAUGUAAAGAAAUAGAUAUACUAUGAAUAAGAAUUGUUACUUUAACUAUAUAAGUGUCUUCUUUUCACACUUGGAUACCUUCUGUCGGGUUGUUUUAGAUAUUAAUGUUAAUUAACUCUUUUUGCAUUGGAAUCGAUUUGUCUUCAAAAUAUCAAAUACGGACGAGUGACCUGCACACCACAGACUACAACUACGCUAUUUGUUUAACUUAGUGGUCGAUUCACUCGUCCACAAUUCCGUAUCUAUACCCUACUCAUCAUCUUAUAAAAACAGAAGUUCCGUGUUCCUGAAAUACAACGCGAUUAUAGGUAGAACCUCGGACAUUAUUGGCCGCACAAGCUAUACACACGGUUAAUUUC